AUGUCGAAGUUUGUAUUUCUACUCGGUGUCCCACUCUUACUAUCUUCUUCGGUCAUUUAUGCAGAGGACGACUUUGUAACCUGCUACAGCGUACUCAAACUUAUGAAUGCCAAUGAUGGUUCAAGAUUACACUCCCACGACGUCAAAUACGGUAGCGGGUCCGGCCAACAAUCUGUGACAGCAGUCAAAAACUCUGACGAUAUCAACUCUCACUGGCAGAUUUUCCCAGCAUUGAAUGAGGAAUGCAAUCGGGGAGAUGUGAUCAAAUGCGGAGACAAGAUCCGUUUGAAGCAUCUAACUACGGGAACUUUCCUUCAUUCUCAUCAUUUUACUGCACCACUGUCGAAACAACAUCAGGAAGUGUCUGCUUUCGGAAGCGAAUCGGAGAGUGACACAGGAGAUGACUGGACUGUGAUCUGCAACGGAGAUGAGUGGGUGGAGUCCGAGCAAUUCAAAUUGCGUCACGUUGUUACUGGAUCGUAUCUCUCACUUUCGGGGCAGCAGUUCGGACGCCCUAUUCAUGGUCAGCGGGAGGUCGUAGGAUCUGACUCAAUCACUGGUGGAAGCGCAUGGAAAGUAGCAGAAGGAAUUUACAUCAAGCACCAGCAAAAAGACCUCUGA